AAACAUAAAAAUAUCAACAGCGUUUUAAACUUUUUUUAUGACAAAAAGAUGCCAAGGAGUUGUUGUGUUGUAGGUUGCACAAACAAUUGUAAAAAAAACAAUGAACUUAAAUUUUAUCGUAUUCCUAAGAAUAAAGCGGUCAGAAGAAAAUGGUUAAAUGCAAUUAAUCGUGCUGCAGAUAGCACUUCGUCAAAACAGUGGUCUCCUACGUCUUCAAAUGUUUAUGUUUGUUCAGCACACUUUAUUACUGGUAAAAGAGAGCUCUUUGAGAAACAUCCAGAUUCAGUUCCAUCAAUUUUUGAUACUGGAAUGAAAGGUUCUCCUCAAAGAAAUACCAACAAUAACAAAAUUAACCGAGUCAAAAUAAGUGUUCCUGCAUGCAAAAAAUUAAAACUAUGUGCUCAAUCAAUUAGUGAGGAUGUUGAUUUUGUCAUUGAAAAAAGGAGUUUUAGUAACGAAGAAAUCGAUAUCCAAGUUAGUACUGAAAAUUAUUUGCAGCAAUCUGAUAUCAGUAAUCCUAUAUGCUCCAAAAAUUUUUUAGAACAAUCUUCCAGUCAUGAAUUUAGUGUUCCUAUAAUUAAUGAAGAUGUUUAUGUUCAAGAUUCCAGUAAGAGUUAUAUACAAGGAAAGAGUGCUCCUGUAAACAUCAAUGUUCAGCAAAGUUCAACCAAUAGUUCUUUAAAGUCAGAAAUGAGUUAUACUGAAAAAUCUGAAAUUGAUAUUGAAAUACCUCUUAAAACAUCAGAAAGACAACAACUAUAUAGUGAAAUAAAUAAUCUUCGAUUAAAAAGAGAUUUAUGUCGAAGUGGAUAUCAUUAAAAGAUAGCAAUUGCAGUUUAGGAAUAAAUAAAAUUCGAGCCAAUCCUGAUAAGUGCAAUAUGCUCACUGGACUUAAUCUUCCUGUAUUAGAAAAACUGUUGAGUUUCCUAUGCAAAGGAACUCCAGAAAUUUCAUUAAAAAGAUUUAAUACAGAAGAUAAAAUUGUUUUCUGUUUAGUUAAAUUAUUGCACAACAUUAACUUUGAUAUGUUAUCAUUUAUGUUUGAUAUUAAAAAAACUACUGCCUUGGAUAACUUUUGGAAAUGGAUUGAUAU